UAAAUAUUAGCAGUAAUAACUUUUUUUAUUUAUUUAUUGGUUUGCUUGCUUGUUUGUUUGUUUAUUUAAAUAUUCCCUUCAACAACCGGAUUGCCUUAGCUGGACUACGUUGGAAUAAGACACCGUUCCCUUGCAAGAACUGGAAGCUCCGCCCAAGGCCCGCCAGCUCUUCCUGUCGGUUAAAUCCCGGUCACCUCGUCACUCCACAGGUACUUCAGUUUUCAUUCAGUCGACUUUUGUAAGGACUCAAACUUUAAAGUCUGUUAUUUUUUUCCGAGUUUUCCUCAACAGCAAACAUGGCCCGGAUUAACGGCUUCCUCAAAUGCAUCUUCAUCAGCUUCAACAUCUUCUUCGCGAUUGUGGGCGGAGUCAUCAUCGGCCUGGCUGCACUGUCUCAGGCUGUCAUCGGCGCCCAAGUAGAAAAUCAGCUUGAGGGUCAGGCCAGCGGCCUCAUUUUGCUCUAUGUCAUUGGUAUCGUUACCAUGGUGAUCGCCUUGGUGGGAGCCUGUGGGGCUCAUAAGGAGAGCAAAGCCUGCCUGAUUGUGUUCCUGGUGUGUAUGGUCAUCGGAAGUCUGAUGAUGUUCCGAGCUGGAAUCCCGGUAGCCAUCGCCCGUCCCCAGGUGGAGGGCGUGCUGGAGGCCAGGUUCCGUCAAUUUCUUCCUCUGGACAAGGCCGAGUCCAACGUGAAGCAGAUAGCCGACGCCGUGCAGACUCAGAUGCACUGCUGUGGGCUCUUCAGCUACAAAGACUGGGAGAACGACAUCCCAGACUCCUGUGAAUGCACCGAGGUGGUGGAGAAAUACGAGUGCCAGAAUAUCAACUACAGAGAUUUCUACCAAAUGAAGACAAAGUCCAUCUACAGCGAGCCCUGCUUCCCCAUCAUCUUGCACUAUGUCCUGAUGGUCGUGGACAUCGGGCUCGGGGUCUUCUUCUUUCUGGCUGCUCUGGCUGUGCUCGGCAUGAUUCUGUCCUCCAUCAUGAUCCACCAGCUCCGUCACCCCGAGAGACCCACCGUCCUGUUCACCGUUCCCACCAUCUUCACCUCAGGACCACCCAAGUACCAGGAGCUGCACAACCCUCCUCCUCCGUACUAAAGAUGCAGCUCUGUCAGCUUGUUGCAUAGGUUCAGGAUUUGCUUCUGUCUGCGUUCAAAGUUCCUUCAUCACUGUGAGGAGGUCCAGCUGUGGAGCCUGAAACACCACCGGGUUUAAUGUACGUCGUAGAGAAACUGAUUUCUUCCUGUGAGGAAGAAUCUGAUGAUUCAUUCUGCUUAUUUUCUUUCUUAAAGAGAAGAAUCAAAAAGAUUUUACUCAAUACUUUUACCAUUUGACGGGAAAUUUGGAACCAGGAUCGUUAAAAAAUGACUUGAAACUCUAAAGUUCUUCGUCAAAGUUAAACUUUGGUGUUUAAUUUUUGUAGUUUUAGUUUAGUUUUAUUACAUAAAAAUCUUGAAAAUCCAGACUUUUCAGGCUUUAAUCCUCUGAGAAUUUAAAAGCUGAAAAGCAGCAUCAAAACUUUAUUUUCUCAUCAGACUGAGGAGCUGAAACUUUCUGCUUUAUGCUGCUGCUGCUGCUGGAGGAAGAAGUCAGUUUGUUUCCGCUGAUGUAAAAGUAAACCAAUAAAAACAACAAACAAGCUCUUAGUGAAACUUAAAUCAAAGCCAGAAGAGCCAGAGACACGUUUGACCUUUAAAACUGUGCAGACGUUGAUUCAUCAGUUCUGUUUGUAAAAAUCACAGCUGUUACUUUUCCACUUGAUUUUUUAUAUGUUAAACAUCUUUUUUUUGUGUGUUGUUCCUGUCAUCAUUAAACAUGUUAAAAACAAAACAUCCCUGCAGCUGCUGGGCUCAUCUCAAGAAGAUGUGCUUUUAUUUUAACCAAUCAAACAUAAAAAGGUAAAGCUUCAUUUCCAGAACAGUAACUUUAGUAUUUGAAAACAAAGAAGUAAAAGCUGAAAAAGGGAAAACUUUGUUUUCGUUUUUUAACUCUUCAUGUUUGGUUUCUGCCCUGAGCUGCUGUUAAACAAUAUAAAGAAAUAAAAGACAUUAAAAGUAAA